CUACAAAUUUGUUUGAAAUUUUAUAUUUUAAAUAAUUCUGUGUUUUUAAAUUUAUUCUUUAAUACAUAUUUGUUGAAAAAAUUGCAAAUAUCAAAUAGAAAUGGCAAAUAUUUUAGAAACCUUGAUUUACGCCUCAGAAAAAGCUGCUCGCAUAGCUCGAUCCUGCUGUAAUACAAGUGAUUCAAUAUUGGUAGCUGAAAAAGGCGAUACAGAAGCCAAUCCGCGUUUUGAUAAAGAUUUUAAAACCAUUGCCGAUGUACUAGCUCAAGAAUCGGCUAAAGAUUUUAUAGUUUCCCGCAUACCAGAAUUAAAGGGUCAGGUACGAGGUGAAGAAUGUUCUGAGAUCGGCGGUAUUGCAAUAUCAUUACAGGAGAAUUCUGAUAAAACUAUUGAUUUACUCAGCAAGAUACUACCGAGAGACGCAGCUAAAUGUAUGGCUGAAGCUGCUCAUAGUGAUGUAGAACUGAAUUAUGAACAAACACUUCCAAAUAUUCUGAAUAUAGAUUAUUCUGACUUGGGAGUAUGGAUAGAUCCUAUUGAUGCAACGGCUGAAUUCAUUUCCGGGGUUCGAGGUGAAGCAAAGCCUGGGCAUGGCCUUCCUUGUGUCACUGUUCUUAUUGGAGCUUAUCUGAAGUCGACAGGACAACCCGUUGUUGGUGUAAUCAAUCAACCAUUUUAUGAUAAUGGGAAAGGAAGAAUUGUUUGGGGUGUUAACUAUGAAGGUACACAAUUAUUCUCUCAUGAUAAUGAAAGUAAUGCGAAAAAGGUCAUUCUCAUGAGCAGCGCUGAAAAUGAGGAGAUAAUAGAAAAAUUUAAGAACAUUGGAUGGGAGGUACAAUCUGUGCCUGGUGCGGGAAAUAAACUGCUGAAAGUUGCAUUGGGUGAGGCGAGUGCAUACAUUGUAUCAAAAGGGACAACAUUUCGCUGGGACACAUGUGCACCUCAUAGCAUUAUAUAUGCCAAAGGUGGUGAUGUGCUUUGUUACAAACAUCAUACACCAUUAAAAUAUAAUGAUCCACACAAUAUGGAUAUACAAGAAUAUUGCAAUGAAUUUGGUAUAAUUGCAUUUACCGAUUCAUCUGUUUUUAAUGAAAUAAAAGAAGUUAUUUAGAUUUGUCACAAGAUUACAAAAAGCUUUUUUUGAUGAUUUGAAUUUUUUUAAUAAUAAUAUGACUUUUGUCUUUAUUUGUUCUAAAUGUGUGCAAAAAGAUGGAAGUAAAACACUUAAAACAUUUGCUAUUAUCUCUAGUCAUUUUUCAACUGUUAGAUCUUAUAGAAAUGUGUUAUUUUAUAACGGUUAGUACAAUUGCGUAAUAAUUAUUUACAUUAUAUUAGAAUUUUGGCAAAGCCAAUUUUGGGAUGAUUCAAAGAAGGAGAUAGAGAGAACCAUAAAUGAAACAUAUUAAUAAUAUUUACCUAUCGCCAUAAAUAAUAUGCUUAUUCAGAUUAUAUUCGUAAUUUUUCAUUUGUUAAAAAUUAUCUUAUUCUUAUUCACGUUUUUUAAAUAAUUCUAGGUUUGUAACCCCAAUGCACUUUGUAUAGGUAAUAAAAAAAAAAUCUUUUGACACUGUUUGCAAAUUACAAAAAUUGAUUUAUUGUUAUGUAGGCAUUUUUAGUGUGGUGAAUUUACUUGUACCUGAAUAAUGAUCUCAUAGUUUGUAUGUAUAAAAAUAUGUUUUCUCAACUGAAGUAUUCCCAUUUAGCUUUUUGAAUGUCAUAUGAUGAAAUAUUUAUUAUAUAAAUUAACAUAUAUUUAUACAUUUAGCUGAUUAUACCAUUGUUUUUCCUAAUUAAACUAUUAUUUUUUUUUUGCAAUUGUUGUCUUUAAUGUUUUUGGGUAGGUAAGUAUAAGUGUUUAAUACUAUUAUAUAUUAUAACUUUUUAAACAAUAGAAAAAAGAAAUAUAACAAGGCGGGAAUUUUUUUAUUCU